AUGUCCGAGAAAAAUGUCAACGUUUCAACUCCGGGCGGUGAUAAGCAGUGUAAGAAGUGCGAUCGCGGUGAUAUCGAUGACAAUAUGGUGUGUUGCGACAUUUGUGAAGGAUGGGUACAUUUCCAGUGCGCCGGUGUUACUGAUUCCAUCGGAGAACCCGAUAGGAGUUGGAAAUGUAGUGCUUGUCUAGCCGACUGGAACGGUUCCUCGAAGUCUGAGGUCUCGUUCAACGAGUCGUCGGUUAGCAAGAGUAGUCGAGUUUCGCAGAGACUACAGCUCAGCCUUCAACUACUGGAAGAGCAACAGAAGCUGAAGAAGAAACGCGCUGCAGAGGAGUUAAAAAUCCGUAGAAUGGAAGAAGAGGCCAAGCUGAAGGCGAUGGACGACGAACAGGAGUUCUUAAAGCAGAAGUACGAGCUACUGAUGCAGAUCGGCGAGGAGAAGGAGUCUUCGAGCAGGAAAAGCGGCGUCAGCGUGAGAAGCAAGCGGGUUCAGCUGGAGAAGUGGCUAAAUAAGGGCUCCUCUGCAGAUGGAGUAGUUCCCCCGAGACCAUCAACGACUCAAGCGGGUUCGGCUUUCCCAUUACCCAUAGCCAGUGAGGUUGAAACCGGAGCAAAAGCAGCACCUACAUGCUCGAUCUCCAACACGAAGAAGUCGGCCAUUCCGCUCAACCAGGGAAUGUUGUAUGCGGAUCCGACAAUUCCAGUUCAGGGUGGUAGUGUGACAGCUUUGGCGCAAUCCUACGAACUACUAGCGACAACAGCAGUACCAGGAAGCGCAUCGUGUAACCCAACCACGCAUUCUGCAGUUCCAGAUAUAACGGUAUCAGCGGCUGCUGGGACUGUAUCAUCGUUAGCCCACGCAGUUCCAGCAAGUACUUCACCAGCAGAUACGGUGAGCAGGAGAGCGGAGAAAAUGAGCGCGACCCAGCAUAUUACUUCCGGUACAGUACCGGUCUAUUCGUAUCCAGGAGUGAUUAGUAUGUCUUCGGCAGCAACCGUACCGAUGUCGGCCAACCCUCAUAUUUUCCACCGUACCUACGGAAAUCAUCUACAGUAUCCAGUUCCAACAACGAGUAAUCCUCCAUCACGAUUGCCCUGUUUCAUUCCAACAAAUCCAGUGUCACUACCGGUGGAAAAUCAACCAGUUUUGCAAAGUACAAGUUCUUUCCAGUAUCCCGCUGUUCCAGAAGCUACAUUGGCGCGGGGCCAAUCCAUAUGGUAUCCGGCAAACCCAGAAGCCGCAGCGUGUACAAGUUCGUCGUUCCACCCAAUUCCAUCUGUGGUUGAUGCGUCCUUCGGUAUUCAGGCCAACCCACGAGUUUUCCAUGGGAGUCAUGCGUCGGUUCCACAUCCGGUGAUAACAGAGGCGAUGGGGACCGGUUAUACGAGGAACAAUCCACCACUACAUUCAGUAGGACCAACAAGCGCUCAGUUAGCGGCACGACAAGUUAUGCCGCGUGAAUUGCCGAAGUUCAGUGGCGACCCCCAAGAGUGGCCGAUGUUCUACAGCUCCUUCACGAACACUACGGAAGUAUGCGGUUACACGGACGCCGAAAAUCUGGCCAGGCUGCAGCGCAGCUUAGGGGGUUCAGCACUGGAAGCAGUUCGCAGCCGUCUUCUGCUGCCUGCUUCCGUUCCAUUCGUAAUGAACACCCUGCAUAAGUUAUAUGGGCGCCCAGAAAUACUCAUAAACUCUCUACUGAAGAAAGUCAGAAAUGUUCCUUCUCCAAAAUCGGACAAUCUCAAUUCCAUCGUUGCGUACGGGUUGGCGAUACAAAAUCUCGUCGAUCAUAUCAUUCUUGCAGAUCAACAAGCGCACCUAGCAAAUCCAAUGCUGCUGCAGGAGUUGAUAGAGAAGCUUCCAACAUCCUUGAAAAUGCAGUGGGGCACGUACAAACAGCAGUGCGUGAACGUCAACUUGGCGACGUUCAACAGCUUUAUGUCGGGUUUAGUGAACCUAGUAUCCGAGCUAAGUAUCGAUGUGGAUUCAGCGCAAAAUCACCAGAAGCAUAAUCGAACCGAUAAGCCGAAGCAGAAGGAGAAACUUUUCACCCACAUGGGUGAGUCGUCAAGUGCAGCAACGAAGGAGAGCACAUGUGGGGAAUCUUCGUCGAAAGCCUGUUCGUACUGCGAUAAGGAUGGUCAUCAGAUCCUGAAUUGCUCGGGAUUCAAGGCUUUGGACAUUGGAGGACGCUGGAAGGCUGUUCGGCAGAAAAAUCUCUGCCGGUUGUGUUUGAUUCCGCAUCGGAAGUGGCCCUGUCGAUCGAAGAAAGAAUGCAAUGUGGAAGGAUGCCGCAUUAGGCAUCAUACGCUACUGCACAGUGUCCACAGUCAGAAUGCCGACAGUCGAAGUACGAACAUUGCAGUCCACCAAAACCACCACGGGACUAAAUCCUAUACGCUAUUCCGUUACCUUCCUGUAACAUUGUAUGGUAACGGGAAACAGGUAGACACUUUCGUAUUCCUGGAUGACGGGUCAUCGUCAACGUUGCUCGAAGCAGAAAUUGCGACACAGCUAGGUAUCGAGGGCGAACCAGACAGCCUUUGGCUGAGUUGGACUGGAAAGAUCGGUCGUCACGAGAAGGCCUCUAAGCGAAUAAGCGUGAAGAUUUCUGGAGCCAAUAAGGAGGAAAAAUAUUUACUAAACGACGUUCGGACGGUGCAAGAACUAGGACUUCCAAAUCAAACGUUGAACUACACGGAAUUAGCAAAGGCCUUCCCUCAUUUACAAGGGAUUCCCGUGGACAGUUAUAUCAACGCCAAGCCAGGCAUGAUUAUUGGGAUCGAACACGUACGGAUGAUAACCAGUUUAAGAAUUCGCGAAGGAGGCAACAAUGACCCAGUUGCCGCAAAAACCCGAUUAGGAUGGUGCGUGUACGGGAGAAAUUCUACGAGUGAAUCAGUGGAACAGUUACACGUACAUGUCGCCGAGUGUAUAAGUAAUACCGAACUGCACGAUUCCAUGCGAAAGUUUUUCGCGGUUGAAGAAGCCGUUGUUACGCAGCAAAUAGAAUCCGACGAGGACAAACGUGCACGAAGUAUUCUGGAAACGACUACUAUACGAAGGAAAGGUCGGAUGGAAGUUGGUCUGUUAUGGCGUAAAGACGACGUACGCUUUCCAGACAGCUAUCAAAUGGCUUUGAGCAGACUGAGAGGACUGGAGAAACGGUUGGCAAAGGAUUCGGUUCUACGAAAUAAAGUUAACGAGCAACUCGAGAGCUUUGUACGGAAACAGUAUGUCCGUGUAUUAUCCCCGGAAGAAUUGGAAAACACAGAUCCUUUCCGGAGAUGGUAUCUCCCUCUGGGAAUAGCUACGAAUCCUAAAAAACCAAACAAAAUUAGAAUGGUGUGGGAUGCAGCAGCAAAGGUCGGAGGAGUGUGCUUCAACGAUAUGUUGCUCAAAGGGCCAGACCUUCUCGUUCCGCUCGUGGAUGUACUUCUACGGUUCAGAGAAGGUAAGAUAGCCGUCUGCUCUGACAUCCGCGAAAUGUUUUUGAGAAUACUCAUACGGGAGGAAGACAGCCGUUCGCAGUGUUUCCUGUGGCGCAACGACCCGGAAGAAGAUGUACAGGUAUAUGUAAUCAACGUGGCUAUGUUUGGAGCAACCAGCUCGCCUUGUACGGCGCAAUAUGCGAAGAACAGAAAUGCCCUCGACUUUGCAGAAGAAUAUCCCAGAGCAGUAGACGCGAUCGUUAAAGGACACUACGUGGACGACUUCUUGGACAGUGUCAAUUCCGUGGAUAAAGCAGUUCAAUUAGUCACACAAGUUCAGAAUAUCCAUGCAUCCGCCGGAUUUCAUUUCGGAAAGAUUCUUUCAAACUCGUCGGAUGUUGUAACGUUUUGA